AUGAGACAACCUUAUCAGAGGAGGAGGAAUUGGCAAAAGCAGAUUCAAACAAUCACGUAGAUGAGAUUGCAUUACUGCAAAAGGAGAGUGAGAUUCCAGUGGAGGAAUUGCUAGCAAGGUAUAGAAAGGAAUUCAACAAUGAUGAAAUUUCAGAGGAUGAAUCUGAUUAUGCCUCUGCUUUAUCAGAGGACCUCACAGGUUCUCCAGCCCUUGAAAACAUUGAAUUAAAUCAGCAGGAUAAUUCCAUGGAUGAAAAUGUUGAUCCUGGUGAAAGCCAAACGGUUCAUCAUCCCCUUACGGAAGAGCAAGAAGCAGGAUCAAAGACAAAAUCAGAAGAAGGAAGAGAGAAUGAGGAUAGAAUUGCUGAUGCUGCUGCGGCAGCAAGAUCAGCUCAGCCAACAGGAAUUACAUUCUCUACUACCAAAGUGCGUACAAAGUUCCCUUUUCUUCUCAAGCAUUCUCUUCGUGAGUAUCAGCAUAUUGGCUUGGAUUGGCUUGUUACCAUGUAUGAGAAAAGAUUAAAUGGAAUUCUAGCUGAUGAAAUGGGACUGGGAAAGACAAUCAUGACUAUUUCUCUGCUUGCACACCUGGCAUGCGAAAAGGGCAUAUGGGGUCCACAUCUGAUUGUGGUUCCAACUAGUGUCAUGCUUAACUGGGAAACUGAGUUUCUUAAAUGGUGUCCUGCCUUUAAAAUUCUGACAUACUUUGGCAGUGCAAAAGAACGCAAAUUUAAGAGGCAAGGUUGGAUGAAACCUAACUCCUUUCAUGUGUGCAUCACAACUUACAGACUUGUUAUACAGGAUUCUAAAGCCUUCAAGCGGAAGAAGUGGAAAUACUUGAUUUUGGAUGAAGCUCAUUUGAUAAAAAACUGGAAGUCUCAAAGAUGGCAAACUCUUUUAAACUUCAAUUCUAAAAGGCGUAUUUUGUUAACUGGUACCCCCUUGCAGAAUGAUCUCAUGGAACUCUGGUCAUUAAUGCAUUUCUUAAUGCCCCACAUCUUUCAGUCUCAUCAGGAAUUCAAGGAUUGGUUCAGUAAUCCGAUAUCAGGGAUGGUAGAGGGUCAAGAAAAAGUGAACAAAGAAGUUGUAGAUCGCCUGCAUAAUGUUCUUCGGCCAUUCAUACUCCGUCGAUUGAAAAGGGAUGUUGAGAAGCAAUUGCCUAUGAAACAUGAGCAUGUCAUAUAUUGUAGACUGUCAAGGCGGCAGCGUAAUUUGUAUGAAGACUUCAUUGCUAGCUCAGAGACCCAGGCCACCCUUGCAAGCUCCAAUUUUUUUGGGAUGAUUAGUGUCAUAAUGCAACUUCGAAAAGUCUGCAACCAUCCUGACUUAUUUGAGGGCCGACCAAUUGUAAGUUCUUUUGAUAUGAAUGGUAUUGAUAUCCAGUUGAGUUCUUCUGUUUGUUCGAUGCUUUCACCUGGUCUAUUUUCUACUGUAGACCUGAAGGGUUUGGGACUUUUGUUUACUCAUCAUGAUUUUAGCAUGACUUCAUGGGAGAGUGAUGAAGUAAAUGCUAUUGCUACCCCACCGGCCUUGAUUAAAGAGCGUGUUGACCUGCGUAGCCUAGAAGAAAUUGGGCCAUUCUCUAAACAUAAGAAGUUAAAUGGGACAAAUAUUUUGGAAGAGAUUCGGAAGAAAAUAUUGGAGGAGAGAUUGAGGGAAGCUAAGGACCGAGCAGCAUCUAUUGCUUGGUGGAAUUCGUUGAGGUGCCAGAAAAAACCUGUAUACUCAACAACUCUGAGGGAACUUCUAACUGUAAAAUAUCCUGUUUGUGAUGCUCUUCAUCAAAAGACUGAUCGUAUGUCCUACUUGUACUCCUCUAAACUUGCUGAUAUUGUCCUCUCACCAGUUGAACGGUUUCAGAACAUGAUUGAUCUGGUUGAAAGUUUCAUGUUUGCAAUCCCAUCAGCUCGCGCCCCUGCACCGGCUUGUUGGUGCAGUAAAAGUGGAGCUCCUGUGUUUCUGCACCCAACUUAUAAGAAAAAAUGUUCUGAAGUUUUGUUGCCUCUUCUUUCUCCUAUUAGACCGGCAAUUGUCAGGAAGCAGGUAUAUUUUCCAGACAGGCGACUGAUACAAUUUGACUGUGGUAAGUUGCAAGAGCUUGCAAUUUUGCUCAGGAAAUUAAAAUCUGAAGGUCAUCGAGCAUUAAUAUUCACACAGAUGACAAAGAUGCUCGAUAUUUUGGAGGCUUUCAUAAAUUUAUAUGGUUACACGUACAUGCGUUUGGAUGGAUCAACUCAACCAGAGGAGAGGCAAACAUUAAUGCAGCGGUUUAACACAAAUCCUAAAAUAUUUCUUUUCAUUUUGUCAACCCGUAGUGGAGGUGUUGGGAUCAACCUAGUUGGGGCAGAUACAGUUAUCUUCUAUGAUAGUGACUGGAAUCCUGCUAUGGAUCAGCAAGCUCAAGAUCGCUGCCACCGGAUAGGACAGACACGUGAAGUACAUAUCUACCGGUUAAUUAGUCAGAGCACUAUUGAAGAGAACAUCUUGAAAAAAGCAAAUCAGAAACGUGCUCUUGAUGAUCUAGUAAUUCAGAGUGGAGGAUACAACACUGAAUUUUUCAAGAAGCUUGAUCCUAUGGAGUUGUUUUCUGGUCAUAGAACGCUUCCCGUUAAAAAUAUGCAGAAGGAGAAACAUAACAACAGUGGAAUUGAGGUUUCUGUGUCUAAUGCUGAAGUGGAAGCUGCUUUGAAAUGUGUAGAAGAUGAAGCAGAUUACAUGGCAUUAAAGAGAGUUGAACAGGAAGAGGCUGUUGAUAACCAAGAGUUCACGGAAGAAGCCAUUGGGAGACUUGAAGAUGAUGAGCUUGUAAAUGAAGACAAUGUGAAAUCUGAGGAGCCUGCUGAUCAGAGUGGCUUGAUGAGUACUUCAAACAAUGAUAAUGGGAUGAUGUUAAAAGGCACCAAUCCAAAUGAGGAGGGAGCUCUUGCUUUUGCUGAGAAAGAAGAUGAUGUUGACAUGCUGGCUGAUGUCAAACAGAUGGCGGCAGCAGCGGCAGCAAGUGGACAAGCUAUUUCAUCUUUCGAGAAUCAGCUACGUCCAAUUGAUCGAUAUGCCAUAAAUUUUAUGGAGCAGUGGGAUCCUAUAAUCGACAAGACAGCUGUGGAAUCUGAAGUUAGAUUUGAGGAGACAGAAUGGGAACUAGAUCGUAUAGAAAAGUAUAAGGAGGAAAUGGAAGCUGAGAUUGAUGAUGAUGAGGAGCCGUUUGUAUAUGAAAGAUGGGAUACUGAUUUAGCAACUGAGGCAUACCGACAAGAAGUUGAAGCUUUGGCUCAACAUCAAUUGAUGGAAGAAUUGGAAGAAUUGGAAGCUAAAGAGAAGGAAGAUGCUGAAGAUGGAAACUUUGAGUCUAAGGCACAUGAUCGUAAACCGAAGAAGACCAAGAAGAAGCCGAAGAAAGCCAAGUUCAAGUCUCUCAAGAAAGGGGCCCUAUCUUCUGAAUUGAAACCUGUAAAAGAAGAGCCUAUGGUGGAACCCAUGUCCAUAGAUGAUGAUUUAUAUGAUGAGGAGGGCAGUUAUUCUGAUGAGGUGUCACCGCCUUCAAUAGCACAGAAAAAACGUAAGAAGGCUGAAUUAGCUUUGUAUGAUGAAGAAGAGAAGGAGAAGAGCUCAAAGAAGAAGUCUAAGAAAUUCAAAAAGGCUCAUCCUGAAAGAUAUCAUUUGCAUGAUAGUUCUAUAGAAGUAAAACCAUGUGAGAGUGCCGCUGUUGAUCUUGAGCAGAAACCUGCAAGCAGGAGCAAAACAGGAGGAAAAAUCUCCAUUGCUGCCAUGCCAGUAAAGCGGGUUUUGAUGAUAAAACCAGAGAAAUUAAAAAAGGGUAAUGUUUGGUCAAGAGAUUGUGUUCCAUCACCUGAUUUUUGGUUGCCACAGGAGGAUGCCAUACUGUGUGCUGUUGUUCAUGAAUAUGGCCCACACUGGAGCUUGGUGAGUGAAACACUCUAUGGAAUGACUGCUGGUGGGGUUUAUAGGGGUCGAUAUCGCCACCCUGUUCAUUGUUGUGAGCGGUUUAGAGAACUAAUCCAAAGAUACAUUCUGUCUGCACCGGACACUUCUUUUAAUGAAAAGAUCUGCAACGUGGGCUCUGGCAAGGCUCUUCUCAAAGUAACAGAGGAUAAUAUUAGAAUGCUGUUAAAUGUUGCUGCCGAACAGACUGAUAAUGAGUUACUCCUUCAAAAGCACUUCACUGCGCUUCUUUCGUCUGUCUGGAGGGUCAAGUCUCGCACUCAAGGUCGACAAAACCUCCCAUUAUCCCGUAAUGGUUUUUACUUUGGUGGAAGGUUUUUUAGUCCUUUCAACCAUACUAAGGAACCACCAGCACAAAGGAUAAAAUUCAUUAAUUUAGGACAGAAUUGCAAGCUUUUAUUUGCGGCUCUUAAUGAGGCCAGCUGUAGCUCAAAGGAAGACAGAGUUUCCCUUUCUGGUCCAAGGGAAGAUAGUCGAGUCAUCACAGAACAGUUGGACGUUACGCUGGAAUUCCCUAGGGAGUUGAAUGACUCCAUGACUCCAUUCCCACCUGCUAUAGAUUUAUCAGUAUAUGGCUCAGACUCUCAGUCAUCGGUAAACAAGGUUGCUGGAGAAGAUAACCAUCUUAAAGUUACACAAGAUGUGGCCGAAAGCAGAUUCAGGGAUGCUGCGAGAGCUUGUUCUGAAGAUAGCGUCAGUUGGGCUUCAUCUGCUUUCCCAGCAAAUGAUGCCAGGUUGCGAUCAGUCCCAAAGUUGCCAUCCUUGGGAAAGCACAAACUCUCCUCCGAUUCAACCAAGCCUCCAAAAUCAAAACUCAAAAAGACCUCAAUAGAGCAUGGCGAUAUACGACAGUUCCUUCUUGAGCCAGGAUUCCAGCCAACUCCACCUGUCACCACAAAAGAUCCCAAUUUAAGGUUUGAUUUGACCCCAGCAAUCAUUCAAGAGAGCUGGUCAGAUUAUGCACCAGACGGUAAUAUCCUUUCCUGCAUGGACAAGGAGUUUUCACUGGAAAUGGAAAGUUUGGAAAUGGUGUCUCAUGACUAUUACCCUGACCUUCUCUCGGGCCUCGAAGACUGUUCAAUAUUGCCGGAGUACACUGACAUUGGCUAGACUAAUCUGAGAACCUGAACUCUGUGCGAUGUUCUGGGUUAAUCCUCUAACAGUUGUUGUAGACCAAGGACGGAGAUUCUCUCAGUGACUGAGUCGGGUUGAUGAAUUGCCUGACUUGGGCAUUACAACCGUGCUCUCGGGGUACAUAUGGAUGGAUUGGAUGCCAAUUAAGACUCUGAGAGAGAGCAUUGUUUGGCAGGUUUGCCUGUUUGCACCUAGCUGAGAGUCGACAGUUACUGUUAUGCAUGGAGGAUGUGGUGGGUUAGCGGUUGCAUUAGAAUCUUAGCUUAGAGAAUACAAAUCUGUCACACCAAAAUUUUGUAUUUAAUUCAUUGUUGGGAAAUUUGUGCUAAUUUUUUUACUGGGUAGUCACUGAAAAUAGGGAUUUUGGCACAUUUCCCUUAAUAGAAAGGAGGUAGAUUAGGCAAAAUUAGUCAUUAAUUUAUAUUUCCUUUUUCAUUUC